AUGGUGUCUUGUCCUGUUCUAGGUCCCAAGUGUUCUAUCUACUAUAUGGUUAUAAGUGUAUGGGGAAUUGUGAUGCUGGCGUUGAUGGCCAUUUUCUUGAAAAUCAGAACUCCGAAUCUUCUAGAAGAUGUGCUCGGAGGCAACAUCACAAAGUGGGAGGACCACAACUUCAGCAUUCAGUAUGUGAGGGACCAGUACGACUCUAGUGCCCUCAACUGUGGCGUUGCAGCUAUUCUCUACAUCGUCCUCUUCAUCUUUGCCUUCAUCCAGCUCCGGCUCAAUAACGCCACUCAAGUGACAGCUUAA